AUGUCGUCUAAAAGUGAGAAACUAGAAAAAUUGAGGAAGUUACAAGCUGCUAGAAAUGGUACAUCUGUCGAUGAUUACGAAGACGCCGAAGCAGACGGUGAUAGAUUGUAUGACGAGGUCGAUGAAAAGGAGUAUAUGACAAGAAAACGUCAGGAAUUGCUGCAUGACGAUUUUGUUGUAGACGACGAUGGAGUGGGUUACGUGGACCGAGGUGUCGAAGAAGAUUGGAGAGAAAAUGGCAACGAAUUCAGUGACGAAGACGAUGAGCACAGCGGCGAUCACACCAGCAAAGACGCUAAAAGGAAGAAAACCGCAAAAAAAGAGAAAGACCACCCUAUUACGGACAUGCUACGAACCCAACAUUCUAAGUCGACACUACUGGCGCACGCCAAGAAAUCUCAGAAGAAAAAUAUCUCCAUUGAUGAAUUUGAUGACAUUCUUGGAGAAUUCGAAUCCGGUAAAGUAGAAAAACCAAGAAUCUCAUUCCCCUCCAAAUUAAGGGCUAAUUUGAAUUCUUCACCAUCCAUUGCAUUCAAAUCAUCGGUGAAAAGAGUUAAUGACCUCGACAAUUCAAAUGAUGAUGCCACUAGCGCUAAAAAGGUUAAAAUUGAUCCAGACACGAGCACUGAAAAAUAUUUAGAUAUCGAUUCUUCACCUCUGAAAUCGCAAAGCAGAAAACAGCGUUACACCAACGAUGUACAAGAUUUAUUGGAUGAUGUGGAGAAUUCUCCCGUAACAAAUAAUAAGAAACAAGAAAAAUCAGAAGAUUUGCUAGUUGGUAGUCCACCGUCUACGCAAAGCUUGGCUGAUGAUGACGACAGUGACGAUGAUAUUAUACUAAAGAGAAGAACCAUGAGAAGCGUCACGGCAACCAAACGUGUUAAUUUAGAUUCAAGAAGCAAUCCUUCAACUUCGCCAUUCGUCACGGCACCAGGGACACCGAUUGGUGUUAAUGCUCCAACUCCAAGCAGACCACCACGAGUUAACAUAGAUACUACCACGCUUUCUGUUAGGGUCAAGAAGGAAGAUGUAGUAGAUCCUGAAACUGAUACUUUCCAGAUGUUUUGGUUAGAUUUCUGCGAAGUUAAUAAUACUCUAAUUCUAUUUGGUAAAGUGAAGCUCAAGGAUGACAAAUGCGUAUCGGCCAUGGUUCAAGUUAAUGGUCUAUGCAGAGAAUUAUUUUUCCUGCCAAGAGAGGGUAAAACAGCGGCUGAUGUCCAUGAGGAAAUCGUUCCUUUAUUGAUGGAUAAAUACGGAUUAGAUAAUAUUCGUGCCAAACCUCAAAAAAUGAAAUACUCCUUUGAGCUUCAUGACAUCCCGCCUGAAAGUGAGUAUCUAAAAGUUUUACUACCAUACCAGACACCAAAGUCUAGUCGAGACACUAUUCCACCAGACUUAUCAAGUGACACAUUUUAUCAUGUCUUCGGUGGGAACGCUAAUAUAUUUGAGAGUUUUGUCGUUCAGAACAAAAUUAUGGGACCAUGUUGGCUAGAGAUAAAGGGAGCAGAUUUCAACGCAGUUCAUAAUGCCUCUCAUUGUGCGAUUGAAGUUUCCGUAGAUAAACCGCAAAAUAUCAUUCCCAACACAACGAAGACGAUGCCGGAUUUGAGGUGUCUUUCUUUAUCGGUUCAAACAUUAAUGAAUCCAAAAGAAAACAAGCAAGAAAUUGUCGCGAUAACUUUGUCAUCUUACAGAAACAUCUCGUUAGAUUCACCCAUUCCAGAGAAUAUUAAACCAGAUGACGUGUGUACUUUGGUAAGGCCGCCUCAAUCAACAAGUUUUCCACUAGGAUUAGCAGCAUUGGCAAAGCAGAAACUGCCUGGUCAAGUUAGGUUAUUUAACAAUGAAAAGGCAAUGCUGUCUUGUUUCUGUGCCAUGCUAAAAAUAGAAGACCCCGAUGUUAUUAUUGGUCAUCGUUUACAGACUGUAUAUCUGGAUGUUUUAGCCCAUAGAAUGCACGACCUUAACAUUCCAACGUUCAGUUCUAUUGGUCGUCGUCUAAGAAGAACUUGGCCGGAAAAAUUUGGCAGAGGCAAUUCGAGCAUGAAUCAUUUCUUCAUCAGCGACAUCUGCUCUGGUAGAUUAAUAUGUGAUAUCGCCAAUGAAAUGGGUCAAUCAUUGACACCUAAAUGUCAGAGUUGGGAUCUUUCAGAAAUGUAUCAAGUGACAUGUGAAAAGGAACAUAAAGCAUUGGAUAUCAAUUAUCAAAAUCCUCAAUACCAAAACGAUGUUAACAGCAUGACCAUGGCUUUACAAGAAAAUAUUACCAAUUGUAUGAUUUCAGCAGAAGUAUCUUAUAGAAUUCAAUUAUUGUCAUUAACCAAACAAUUGACGAAUCUAGCUGGUAACGCUUGGGCUCAAACUUUAGGCGGUACAAGGGCCGGUAGAAAUGAGUAUAUUUUGUUGCAUGAGUUCUCAAGAAACGGCUUCAUUGUACCGGAUAAAGAAGGUAGCAGGGAUAGGGCUCAGAGACAAAAGCAAAACGAUGAAAACUCGGACGCUCCAACUAAUCCUAAGAAGGCGAAGUAUCAAGGUGGUUUGGUUUUUGAGCCUGAGAAAGGUCUGCAUAAGAAUUACGUCUUGGUUAUGGAUUUCAAUUCUUUGUAUCCAUCUAUCAUUCAAGAGUUCAACAUUUGUUUUACCACCGUGGAUAGAAAUAAAGAAGAUAUCAACGAGUUACCCAAUGUACCUCCUUCAGAGGUGAGCCAAGGUGUCCUACCAAGGUUAUUAGCCAACUUAGUUGAUCGCCGUCGUGAAGUUAAGAAGGUGAUGAAAACUGAAACUGACCCUCAUAAACGAGUUCAAUGUGAUAUUCGUCAGCAAGCUCUUAAGCUGACUGCUAACUCUAUGUACGGUUGUUUGGGUUACGUUAAUAGUAGAUUUUACGCCAAGCCGCUUGCCAUGUUGGUCACAAAUAAGGGUCGUGAGAUUUUAAUGAAUACAAGACAACUAGCAGAAAGUAUGAAUCUUCUGGUUGUUUAUGGUGAUACAGACUCUGUUAUGAUAGAUACUGGGUGUGAUAAUUAUGCAGACGCGAUUAAAAUUGGUUUGGGCUUCAAAAAGUUAGUAAACGAGCGCUAUAGAUUACUAGAAAUUGACAUUGAUAAUGUAUUCAAGAAACUAUUAUUGCAUGCUAAGAAAAAGUAUGCUGCAUUGACUGUAAGUUUGGACAAAAAUGGUAAUGAAACCACUGUUCUAGAAGUCAAGGGUUUGGACAUGAAACGUCGUGAGUUUUGCCCGCUUUCAAGAGAUAUUUCUAUACGCGUUUUAAAUACUAUUCUGUCAGACAAUGAUCCAGAAGAGGCAUUACAAGAAGUUUAUGAAUACUUGGAAGACAUCAGGAAUAAAGUGGAGGCCAACAAUAUCAGAAUUGAUAAAUAUAAAAUUAAUACGAGGCUUUCAAAGGAUCCCAAGGCUUAUCCUGGUGGUAAAAAUAUGCCUGCAGUUCAAGUAGCUCUAAGAAUGCGCAAAUCUGGUAGAGUGGUUAAAGCAGGUUCUGUCAUCACGUUUGUUAUUACUAAACAAGACGAAUCAGGAGAUGAUGAAAACACACCCGCACUCUCUGUGGCUGAACGUGCUUAUGCGUUGAAUGAAGUGAUGAUUAAGGGCAAUAAUUUAAUACCGGACCCACAAUAUUAUCUUGAGAAACAGAUUUUUGCACCUGUAGAAAGAUUGCUGGAAAGAAUUGACAGUUUUAAUGUUGUACGUUUAAGUGAAGCACUUGGUCUAGACAGCAAGAAGUACAUGAAAAGAGAAGGUGUCAAUAAUAAUGGGGAUGAUAUUAAUAACCUGCAACCUUUGGAAACAACGAUCACAGAUGUUGAAAGGUUUAAAGAUACCGUAAUACUAGAAUUAACCUGUCCAUCAUGCGAUAUUCAGUUUCCAUUUGGUGGCAUUGUAUCCUCGAAUCAUUAUCGAAUGUCGUAUAAUGGUAUCCAAUGUAAGCACUGUGAACAGUCCUUUACCCUUCUUCAAUUAACUAGUCAGAUAGAGCAUUCUAUUAGGGCACACAUUUCAUUAUAUUAUGCCGGAUGGUUACAGUGUGAUGACACUACAUGCGGUAUUGUUACAAGACAACUUUCUGUUUUUGGUAAACGUUGCUUAAAUGAAGGCUGCACAGGUGUCAUGAGAUACAAGUAUACAGAUAAGCAGCUGUACAAUCAACUUUUAUACUUCGAUUCCUUAUUCAAUUGUGAAAAGAAUAAAAAGCAAGAAUUGAAGCCUAUAUAUCUUCCGGAAGACCUUGAUUAUCCCACGGAUCUUCUGUCAGAAUCUUCUGUUAGAGCUUUAACAGAACAAAACAGAGAGUUAAUGGAAGCCGGCAGUGGCGUAGUUCAAAAAUAUUUAAACGAUUGUGGACGUCGUUAUGUUGACAUGAGUAGCAUGUUUGAUUUUAUGCUAAACUAG